AUGGCGAGGCUGCGGGACUGCCUGCUCCGCCUGACGGUCACGAUCCGGUCCCUGCUCUUCUGGUCCCUCGUCUACUGCUACUGCGGGCUCUGCGCCUCCAUCUACCUGCUCAAACUUUUGUGGAGCAUCGGCAAGGGACCCGCUCAGACCUUCCGGAGGGUCGCCCGGGAACACCCUCCCGCGUGUUUGAACGACCCCUCUUUGGGUACCCACUGCUACGUGCGGAUCAAGGAUUCGGGGUUAAGAUUUCAUUAUGUUGCUACUGGUGAAAGAGGCAAACCACUUAUGCUGCUGCUUCAUGGAUUUCCAGAAUUCUGGUAUUCUUGGCGUCACCAACUAAGGGAAUUUAAAAGUGAAUAUCGAGUUGUAGCACUUGAUCUGAGAGGCUAUGGAGAAACAGAUGCUCCCAUUCAUCGAGAGAAUUAUAAAUUGGACUGUCUAAUUACAGAUGUAAAGGAUAUUUUAGACUCUUUAGGAUAUAGCAAAUGUGUUCUUAUUGGCCACGACUGGGGGGGAAUGAUUGCUUGGCUAAUUGCCAUCUGUUAUCCCGAAAUGGUGAUGAAGCUUAUUGUUAUUAACUUCCCUCAUCCAAAUGUAUUUACAGAAUAUAUUUUACGACACCCUGCCCAGCUGUUCAAAUCCAGCCAUUAUUACUUCUUCCAAAUACCAUGGUUCCCAGAAUUUAUGUUCUCAAUAAAUGAUUUCAAGGCUUUGAAACAUCUGUUUACCAGUCACAGCACUGGUAUUGGAAGAAAAGGGUGUCGAUUAACAACCGAAGAUCUUGAGGCUUAUAUUUAUGUCUUCUCCCAGCCUGGAGCAUUAAAUGGUCCAAUUAACCAUUACCGAAAUAUCUUCAGCUGCCUGCCUCUCAAACAUCACAUGGUGACCACUCCAACACUCCUACUGUGGGGAGAAAAAGAUGCAUUUAUGGAGGCUGAGAUGGCUGAAGUCACAAAGAUUUAUGUUAAAAAUUAUUUCAGGCUAACUAUACUGUCAGAUGUCAGUCACUGGCUUCAGCAAGAACAACCUGAUAUAGUGAACAAAUUGAUAUGGACAUUUCUGAAGGAAGAAACGAGAAGAAAAGAUUGACUUUUCUAUAUCUUCUAUGAGGGAUCUGUAAUGAAAUCUCUAAAUAAUUUUUAAUAAUUGUUCAUCAACCUCUUUAAGCUUAUUAGGAAAAAACUGUUUUAAUAUGCUUUAUCAUAAGUAUCCUGACAAAUCAUAUUGAAAAAAAUCUGAGAAUGUGUGAACUUGUAACAUGAUAUCAAUUUUCUUCUGUUGAAUUUUGCACAGAAAAGCAGCUGCCUUAAAAUGUGUGCAAUAGUACAAAAAGGACAUUGGGGGAAAUGGCUCAGUUUUGGUUUCUUGCAUUCUUUGCCCUGUUAAC